AUAAGGAUGAUUACGGUAAUAACACUUAGCUACGUGAGACACACGUUCACACAACACACUUACUACCGGAAUUGAGCUUGGAAGUCCAGGGUGUAGACGGUUUUAAAGGGCCUCAAUUCAUGGAAGGGAACUGGCGGGUAAAACCUCACCACCCGUGCUGCCUUGAUGGAUCCUCCAUGGUUAGGAGCAGUGUAUCACUCUUAGUUUGUGAGUCAAUUUGCACCCAUCCCUUCGUCCGCAAGGAAGCCAGCCAGAAACGGCCUCUGCCUCAAUGUUGCCUUCGGGAAGCCUGCCCGCGUCCUCGAAAUUGCUAGGUGUGGCCCGCAACCUUGGGAAAGGCCGGGUCGUGGCUAUUCCCGGCAUCCGCUUCCAAAACCAGGAGAGAGAUCCGUCCGGGGGCCAAGCGGGUUGUUUUCCCCACUUCCAAGCGGCUCCGUUUUUGGUCCGUGGGCGAACUUCUCUGGAGAGGCCGCGUCCGGCAGGUGCACCCCUCCUCCUGCCGUGACCUUUGCUCCGUGGCUUGCGGUGAGCCACAAAUGACGGGUUUGCCAUCCUCCUGGAGAAACCCACGCAGAGAAAUUAUAGUGGACCCGAAGCAGGCUCCUGGCAGUUCCCCGUCUGCUGCCCGAGGUGUCCAGCCGGCGGGUGCUGCCUCUGCCGAGGGACCCCCCCCCGGGUGGCCCCAUGGAUCCCUCUUCGGCCACGAAAGCCACACUGAAAGUCCUGGGCCUCUGCUUCAUCCUCCUGCUCCUGGUGGCCGCCGUGACGGUCUCCGUGGCCGUCCUGGUGAGGCACUCGGAGGCCACCCGCCAGCUGAGAGGGUGCCAGGAGAGGGCCGCCAACGAGACGGGGGCCCUGGCCGACCGGGUGGCCGAGCUGGAGCGCGAGAGAGCCCAGCGGGGCAAGCAGUUGGAGAAGCUGGCCCAGCGGGAGAAGGACCUCCAGAGGCAGCUCGGCCAGGCCAAGGAAAGCCGGAAGAGGCUCAACGCCACCGUGAUGGGCUGCCUGGAGAACGUGACCCGGUUGGAUGCCAACCUAUCGGCCCUCCAGAACGAGAUGUUCACCCUCCAGGCUGAAGGAAUGGAUGUGAACAGUCAGAAUGGGGCCCUCCUAGCGGAAAUGGCCCAGUGGCGUGAGCAGGUGACGGGACUCGAAGGCCGGCUGGCGGGCGCCGUGGAUGCGCGAGAUGCCGCCGAGGCCGAGAAGGAGGCCUGCAACGCCAGGCAGGAUGCGCUCCAAGAAAGCCUGCAGAGCUACCUGGCUGAGAUCGCCUCCCUCCAGCGCCGCCUCCAGGGCCGGUCCUCGCCCUCGUCCUCGUCCCGCCGCAGGUGCCCCCCCUUCCGGUACUUAUUCUGGGGGCUGGUGACCCUUUGCGCUCUGUUCCCCCUUGAAGGGCUGAGCUUUCUCCUCUAGUCUAGAGGACCUAAACGGUGCCUUUGACGGGCAGGAGAUGAGGAAACGGUGUUUUUCUUCACCCAUUGUCUUCAAGG